GGAAGGUUCUUUAUUUCUCGGUUUUCAGUAGCAUAUUAUACCUAAGCGUGCGAGUUUUUUUAGUUGUGUUUUUCAUGUAUCUUUAUUGUAUUGUCCAAUAUGGUCCUUUUUGUCGAGGCUUUUGUUUUGAAACUUUCAAGCUUCCGGUCGGUCACUGCGCAGGUGCUUUAAAACAUGGCGGGGAAAGCUUGACAGACUCGGUGUACAGUAGAACUGUGCCGACCAAAUGUAAUGUUUUAUCGCUAAACACUUUAGGCCGAUGAUGAUAGUCGGUUUUGGACUUUAUUAGCUAACCUUUCCGUUGCUCUCACUAACGGAAGUUAUUUAUUCGUGAUGCAAAAAACAGAGGAAGCUGAAGGCGCUCAACAGUCGCUGGUUUUCUUUGACCUGGAGACGACUGGACUGGAUCCAAAUUGUGAGAUCGUCCAGCUGGCUGCGGUGAGUGGAGGCCACUCGCUGAACCUCUACGUCGUCCCUCGCUGUCGAAUGCAGCGUGGAGCUUCCAAGGUGACUGGCUUCAAGGUUCACAGGCAGAGGCUGUACCUGCACCGGCAGCCUGUUCUCACCAACUCCCUCAGAGAGGUGCUCGUCUCCUUUAUAGCUUUCCUUCAGAUGCUCGGCCGCCCUCUUGUCGUCGGCCACAACAUUCGCCGCUUUGAUUGUGUGCUUCUGGCUCGCGCGCUAGAUGAAUUUGGUCUCAGAGCAGAGUUUGAGUCUUUGGUCUCAGGUUACGUUGACACUCUGCCGCUGUCACGUGAGGUGCUGAAGGACUGUGGGCUGGAGAGUUUUCGACAGGAGAACUUGGUCAGGGAGCUGCUGGGCGUGAGCUACAAGGCCCAUGAUGCUCUGGAGGACGUGCGGGCUUUACAGGCACUGUAUGAUGUUCUUCGGCCCAAGCCGGAAGUGAUCUGCAGGCACAGAUUUACUCUGGACACCAUGGAUGACAAAACACCUGUCACAGCUGCCAAAGUGCACUGCAAACUACCAGGACAGCGCCCCCUGUGGGAGCACUUCAAACAGACCGUGACGGUUACGGAGGAUCAUAACAGAACCUGAUACAAUUUUAAUUUAUUAUCUGAGACUUAAGAAAUUAAUAUUAAAAGAAAAUAAGUAAACAUAACGAAAGCCUGUACACUGGAUAUAAGGAAAUAAAGCUUUAUUGCACUUUUCUAGAACACAAAGAGAAUUCUCGUUGUAGUUUUUUUUUCUUAAUAUAAAAAUGUCUGUUUGUGGAACUAUAAGUGGUCGAUCCUUAGGCAGUGUGGGGUAAAUUUUAAAAUGCCUUACUCAUCGUUGACCUAGCAGCUUUACUUUCCUUAUUAUAUUCAGAUAUUUGCUUACAGUUUUAUGACAAAAGAAAUUUCAUAUACUUAAUGUUUCAAUGUGUUCUAUAGAAAGCUAUAUUUGACAUUAAUAAGUGUGUUGCAUUUCUACUCUGUUUCAGAUUGUAUACUCUUACAUGCUCUUUUCUGCUCACUAGCAUGUAAAACAUUCCAAUCAGAGAUGCCUACACCGCCCUUUCCUCUCGCUCCUCAGGGCUGACACUGAGGUGUUCAUAAGCGUGUCCUGGGUCUGACCUGCUGCCCGUUCAAAUAUCCUCAAGAGCAUAAC